GACAAAGCAAGUAGAGUGUACUGGCCACUCACAGACAAAGGAAAUGCAGAAACCGGGCCAGAGAGAGACGAGCCUGAGAAGGGAAACCACACUGGUCAGGGUGCCAGAACCUUCUUUUUGCUGUUUUGGUGACAGCUUUUGUCUUCUUCUCCUGGAGAUGGUCGUGACUGUUCCUGUGCCUCUGACCAUGUAUUGUUCCCUGCUGUUAUUGGGAGCACAGCCAGAGUCGUCCACACGGUGUCAUCGACUCCUGGCUUCCUAACUGUGACAAUGAUCUCCGUUUCAGAUAGCACCUUCCAGUCUAUCCUCUGCUGCUGCUGCUGCUGCUCAGUGCAGAAGAGACAAGUGAGAACACAGAUAAGCCUGAGUAGAGACGAAGAACUCUCAGAAAAACCUUCCCAGCGUCAGAGGCCUUGGUUCUCCAAACUGAUGGGAAAAAAUCAAUCCAACAGAAGCAGGGUGCAACCCUCAAAGCGCAAGCCGCUGCCUCCCCUCCCGCAGGAGCUUCCGGAAGAGAGAAUCCAGGUCAAAGCUCUUUACGACUUCCUGCCUCGGGAGCCCUGUGAUUUGGCACUGAAGAGGGCAGAGGAAUAUCUGAUUUUGGAGAGGUGUGAUCCUCACUGGUGGAAGGCCAGAGACCGCCUUGGGAACGAAGGCUUAAUCCCGAGCAACUAUGUGACAGAAAACAGACUCACCAAUUUAGAGACAUAUGAAUGGUACCAUAAGAAUAUUACGAGAAACCAGACAGAACGCCUGUUGAGGCAGGAGGCUAAAGAAGGCGCAUUUCUCGUGAGAGAUUCGAGACACUUGGGGUCUUACACAAUCUCGGUGUUUACAAGAGCUGGAAGGCAUACACAGUCUUCAAUAAAACAUUAUCAGAUUAAAAAGAAUGACUCAGGACAGUGGUACGUCACCGAAAGACACCUCUUCCCCUCAGUUCCCGAGUUAAUCCAGUAUCACCAGUACAAUGCAGCUGGUCUCAUGUCCCGUCUCCGCUAUCCCGUUGGGCUUCUGGGCAGCUGUUUACCAGCCACAUCUGGGUUUAGCUAUGAAAAAUGGGAGAUAGAUCCGUCAGAACUGGCUUUUGUCAAAGAGAUCGGAAGUGGUCAGUUUGGGGUAGUCCACUUAGGAGAGUGGAGAGCACAUAUCCGGGUCGCCAUCAAGGCCAUCAAUGAAGGUUCCAUGUCUGAAGAAGAUUUCAUUGAGGAAGCCAAGGUGAUGAUGAAACUGUCACAUUCGAGGUUAGUUCAACUUUAUGGCGUGUGUAUACAGCAGAAGCCCCUCUACAUAGUGACGGAGUUCAUGGAAAAUGGCUGCCUGCUUGACUAUCUCAGGGAGAGAAGAGGCAAGCUCCAGAAGGCGCUGCUCUUGAGUAUGUGCCAGGACGUCUGUGAGGGGAUGGCGUACUUGGAAGCAAGCUGCUAUAUUCACAGGGAUCUGGCUGCCAGGAACUGUUUGGUCAGUUCUGCCUGUAUAGUGAAGAUCUCGGACUUUGGGAUGACGAGGUACGUUUUGGACGACGAGUAUAUCAGUUCUUCUGGAGCUAAGUUCCCAGUCAAGUGGUGCCCACCUGAAGUUUUUCAUUUCAACAAGUACAGUAGCAAGUCUGACGUCUGGUCGUUUGGAGUUUUAAUGUGGGAAGUUUUUGCAGAAGGAAAAAUGCCUUUUGAAAAUAAGUCAAAUUUGCAAGUAAUAGAAGCCAUUUCUCAAGGUUUCCGGCUGUAUCGUCCUUACCUGGCCCCCAUGACCAUAUACAGAGUCAUGUACAGUUGCUGGCAUGAGAACCCUAAAGGUCGUCCGACAUUUGCUGAGCUGCUCCAGGUUCUCACAGAGAUCGCAGAAGCUUGGUGACCUUAAGUGGAAUGCCAGUCCACAGAGUCAUCUUGCAAAAUUGUCACAAGGUGAAAUCAUGGGCGUCUCUGAUGGGAAAUAUCUCCAAUAGGGUUGUUGACUCUUGGCAACGGAGCAAAGGUCACAGGCUUGUCACACUGAUUUCAAUGCAAAAUAUUCUGCUAGUAGUCUUUGUACAGGUGUGAGAGGGACUUCUGAACUACACUUCUGAGCUUCUUUUACAUCUGUAAAAAAAAAAAAAAGCACACUCCACAUCAGCCUUCUAAACGGCUUCUUCAUGAGAGGCACCCUCAUAACUCUUAAGUGUACACAGACCCCUGAUUCUUCAUAAAGCUAAGGUGACUUCUUUCUUGAGGACUGACAUUUCUCUCUGGAGUGGUCCGUGCAGAGAGGGGGAAAAAUUAGACUCUGCCAACUCAUGGAAUGAAGGAACCUUCCCAACAGUUUCAUGUUUGGGGCUGCAUAAAUGUUUAUAGAAAACAUAGCUUUGGGAACCCUUGUGAACAUUCUGGAAAUGCCUUUUAUAAUCUUACCAUUUGUUAUUUAAUAAACUCUUUGGAUUAUCA